UGCUAAUUUUAAAGUUUCUUUGUUUCGUUGAUGUUUUGAAGGGUGAAUCAUUUUCUUUCUCGAGUUGGUUGUUUUUAUGGUUUUCAUUGAGCCUCUCGCGUAGGCAGGCGAUAGAGAUCAAGCUGUUCCUUUUUCGAAUAUCGUGUGAAUCCUUGAGAAGGCUGUGUGACUUGUUCAAAAAGCGGGCGAGCAGAUGGAGGGAAUUUCGAGAGCUCUGUGAAGAAACAAGUUUAUUUUUGAGGAAAAACACCUGGGCCUGAUGGAUGAGAGGUGAAAAGGAAUUAGCAUUUUUAAAAUUUCGUUUUCAAAGUCUUGGAAAAUGCCAUACAGUUGCACUUUUAUAUUUCUGUUUUUUUUAACUUUUUAUGCCAACAAAUUCACCCCUUAGAUGAGCAACCGCAUUGGGUAUCCAAAGACAUGCUGACAAUACUAUAAACAUUCUCGAUGUUGAACUUAAAAAACGAUAAUACUUUCCCGAGUUAAUGUUUCGUACAAUUUCUAACGAAUUCGCAUAGUUGAGCGACUGCAUUGAAUAUCCAAACAUGCUAACAAUACAUCCUGCGACAAUACUGUAAACAUUCGCGUUGUCAAACUUUGAGAACGAUAAGGCCUCGCCGAAUGAAUGUUUCACAAACGCUUCGCAUAAUUAUAGAAGUUUGGCAAAAUGUGUGGUAACUGGCAGGGGAUGAAUAAGGGAAAAAGUUUUAAAAAAUUCGAGCCUGACCUAGUGAAUCUUACUGAAGCCACAUCAUUGUUACGAAGCGAUGUUUAAAUUUAUUGUUUAGUACACACAUAUAUUUUUUUCCAUUUUUUCUGCAUGGUUGACACUUUUUAAAAGAUGCUCAAGAUCCCAUGCAUGAGCUUGCAAGUUGAAAAGCCUUCAUGAACUUCACAAUCUGAUCCAAGCUUAUAUCUAAACGAAGAGAAUGGUGUCUGAAGUCUCUAGCAAAAUCAAAUGAUUGCCCAAUAUAUUUCGAAGUGAAAAGCGUCGGUUUUUCAGUGGAAAGGUGUUCAAUUUUAUUGGUGAACAAUCUCUGAAAUAGCCAAAAAUAUCUUAAAACUUUUGAUUUAUGUACAGUUCUGAACUUUCUCAAACGGACAAAGAAGAUGGCAGGAAAACAUAUAUGCAGAUAUGGCGAAGGAGGUUGACGGAAACAUACGAGCAGGGCAGCUGCGAGGAAUGCUGCAGGUACAACUGAAUAUUUAUCUACUAAACAUAUAAAUGGCUCAUUUUGAGGUAAAUUGAAAAAUAAGAAGCUCAAAUGUAUUCUGCUUUCAUAGACAGACAAUGUGGCCUCACAGCGUCAAUUCUGCUAAAGUGAAUGAGUAAACAGACGAAAGCUAUUUUAAUCCAUGCAGUAUAGUUUCAGUAUCAUGCUUCAAAUUGAGGAGCUGUUGCACACUCUUUUUUGUUUCUAGUUUUUUAGUAAAUGGUUUGAACGACCAUAGACUCUUUGUUUCAAGGUUGCGGGGUAAAAAAAAAAACAAAAAACCCCAAAUAUAUUUUAUGCAAAAUUUAGCCCAUAAGCUAAUGACUGAUGAGCUUCAUUAUAACAUCCGGACGCCAGUAAAUCGCUAAAAGCCUUAUCUUCAAGAAGCUAAAAACAUCACGAUAUCUUGAAUAACCGGAAUUUUUUUUUUUUUCCUUCGUUCGAGCAAAGUUUCUAUCUCAGUCGAUUCUCGACAAGGGCAGAUUAAUUAUUCCGGCAUAAUUUGGGAUAAAAUGCUACAGUCAGAGCAUCGAGCAUAAAAUUUACAAAAUCCCCCCCAUAUGUCACGGUUCAACAAGAUAAAUUCUGUAGCCUGAGUACUGUCAACAAUGAGCCUCCUUUUUAUGUCUUUCAUGCAAUAAAGGCAUGCUGCAAAUCAAAACUGUAUCUUUAAAGUUAAGUGCGUCGUGUUUAGCACUUGGAUUAUAAAAUUAAUGCGCUUUUCAUUUUUAUUUGUUGUCCCUUUUCAAGUGUCCUUCGUCACUCAUUGGCUGUAAUGUUGACAGGGGUCACGUGGCAAGUCAGUCUAAUCGUCUUGGUCUUAAUUGAAGUGAUCAUCAACCUCGUCCUCAUGCUGAUGGAAUUUAAUGUUAUCAAAGGUAAUAAAUGUUCUAUUUAUGAUCGUAAUAGGACUGUAUGGAGUUCUAUUUGAAUCCAUAACUGAAAGGAAGAAUAACAGACGACCUGCAAGGAUCAUAUCCUUGCUUGAGAUUUAGCGACGAAAAAGGCGGAGGCUUGAUUUAUAAUCACGGGUAUAAUUGGACGACACAAAGUAAUUUAGUAUUAUCAACUGAGUUGAUAACGUAAAUGAGUCACCGUAAAGAGUUUCAAAGCUGACGUUUCGAGCGUUAGCCCUUCGUCAGAGCGAGCGUAGCCCUUCUCGAAACGUCAGCCUUGAAACUCUUCACAGUGGUCAAUUUACGUUAUCAAGUCAAUCGAUAAUACUUAAUUUCCCUGUUAUACUCUCCCACCGACGCAGCACCACGAUUUCUUGAGAAACUUACCCCCCUAAUUCAUUGGACGAUACUAAGUCUGGUUAAACUAAACUUUGACAAGAUUUGAAAAACAACUAAGUUUUUCUCAACCAAAAAAUUAGCCUGUCGAAAAAAAUGACGCUUAAAAAUGACUUCUUAAAACAUAGUCCAGUUACAAGAAUGACAUGUAAACUGUCUUAUUAGAGCAUAAUUCGAGCAGUUAACAAACUAACCACGUUUAGGAAAAUUAUAUAGUUUAAUUUCGAUCAGUGAGUCAUUCUGCUGAGACCUACGAAAGUUGUAGAAAUUUUUUUAUCUUUCUGAGCUUAUAAGCCUACACACAAAAAUUAUUGGAAAUAUUAUUUAAUAGUGUAUAACUACGGAGCUGGAUAAAAUUCGAGGUUUCUUCGUUUCCUUUGAAAGUCUCAGCGUACUUAAGAUUUCGCACCAAUCUUAGGUAGAAGGGGAUUCAACCGGGACAUUCCCAUGUUACGAAAGACGUAAUUAAUCUUAGGGGUAUUCGAUGGCAAUCCCUAAGAUCGGCAUGACAUCCACAAAACGAAUAGACGAUACAGAAAAUAAGAGGCUCUGUUCCUUCUUUAGACGAAACUCACGCGUCCCGGUAUCUGCUUCAUUUUGUUGGCUUGUCCAUCCUCGCCAUCUUCGUGUUUGAGGUAAGCCUCAGCAGAGUUGCUUUUGAGUUUAAAAGUAGAACUAAGAAAUAAUAGGCAUCUAGGGUAUCGUAGACGCCGUGUUGUUUCGUCAGAUUACGCACAAGACUGGAAUUUACUUGGUUAAUAUGUCUCAAGCGCGUCACGAAGAUCCAACAAACCUUCGAGCCAAUUCUGAACUUGGGAUCGACUCACACAUCUAAACCUGUUCCUGGCAAAUCAUGCAUUCAAUUUUGCUCAAAACUCGGAAUUGACUGCUGCUCGAUGAUAUUUCAAUAAUUGGACAAGUUUCCACUUGCAGUUCUGGUGACCAAUGAGGUAAAAAAAAUUAUCGGCUAAAGAUAGCAGAGUGGCGAACGAUUUUUAAGCCGGUCACUGAGAGUUAAGAAUUUGCAACUCUGUAUCACUGGUUGAAUUCACAAAUUUGAAUCUCAGCAGAAGUAUACUUGGAAGUGUGCUUCUGAUCUCCAACACAGCGAUAAUCAAUUUUACGCAAUGAUAAAGAGUGAUCUCCAUUCUUCGCAUUAAUCACAUUUGCUCAUUUCUGUAGGUUUUUCUCAAGUUUUAUGCAAUGGGAUGCGAGUACUUUAUGAAAGAGAAACUGGAGGUGAGAAAAUCCUUUAACACCUACUGUGUUUAGACCUCAACAAAAGCUGUUCUCUUCAGCGAUUUAAACAUCCACUUAAGUUCAUUUUAAACCUCAUUUUCUUGUCUACAGUUAUUUGAUGCAUUUAUCGUGGUAACGGCGUUUGUUAUCGAAAUAGUGUUAAGGUGAGUGUGUGCAAAUAGGAUUAUUCAAAUCCUGUGUGCGGUAUGUUUAAUAAGUGAAUCUGUCCAGCGUCCAUUCUCCUCGAAAGGGUGAAUAACUGAUUUGCGCAAUCUUUUUCUUUUCGAAGGAGAGGGGGGAGGAGGGGGGAGGGGGGGCUUUGACCCGCCGCUCCUACACAAGUUUCAUUCUAAUCCGGAACCCCGUCAACGUGAAAUUCUCCAUAGUGCAAAAUAAUUGCUUUUGAGUGAAGGCUGUUUAAAUCCGGAAUUUAACCAAAAUUUUGGUUGAUCCGUGAUCAACAGUAUUGUUCAAAUAUACAAUUUUUUCUCGUUCACUUUUCUCCUUCCAAUCUUUUCUGUGAAAUUUGAAGGGCCUGUUCCCUUCUUCGUUAAUUCAUUCGUUCUUUAAUCAUUUUAUUUUUCGAUGUUUGUUGUUUUUUUCUUCAGCGUCAUCCGUGCAAAGAAGGCAUGGAAAGGCUUUGCUUUCAUCAUAGUUCUUCGGUUGUGGAGAGUUUUAAGGGUCAUUGUCAGUAAGUACUGGGUGUUGAUUUUCAUAAAACUUAGAUUGUAGCAGACAUUCGCAACUAUGUAUGUGUUGCUGUUAAUUCCCCUCAAGCCAGCGGAACAAACACAGAAAAAUUAUCAGCGACACUUGCCGGAGAGAACUAUUGGGGUAAACUAUCCCUUGAAAUUUUAAAUUUCUUCAACAGUUUCACACAAAUUGAAAUUUCAUCCUUUACUGAUUUUCCUUGCCAAUGGCCAAUCCAGAGAUAUGAGUUGUUGCGAGGCUACUCUUUAAACUCGUCCCCGGAGCUUUCUCGGCCAGUAUUUAAGAUGGCGGCUACCUAGAAAAAAUGGCCGCAAUCUGUGAAAGACUUUUGCUAGAUUACCCUGAUUGUUAGACCGAUGCGAGUGAGAGAGUUAUCCAAAACUUCUCAAGUCCUUGUCACCUAACCUUCAGUUUACAUGAUUCCUUUCUAUCCACAGUGGUAUUCACCUUCAGAGAGGAAUUGUAUGAGUUGAUUGAAGAUGACGUCGACGCUCCCAAACAAGAAAUCAAAGACGAGGAAAACAAAGAGGCUGGGAAAAGUAAAGAUGAACCAAAACACUGAGGAGUUACAAUUGAAUUCAAACGGAAAAAAAGUUGAAAAUAUAAGUGAAAUAAACUUUCGCACUGCUACCGAUUACCUUUGGGUGCUUUUCAAUCAAUUGCUGUAAUACAGCCUGCUCCAUGUGUUCAAUUGGUAAAACGAAGCGAAAUAAUAAACGGCGCAAUAGUAGCCCUCUUCCGCUUCUAAGGCGCUUGGUUUUUCUAUACUGAACCUCCAGAACAGGCAAGCUGACGAACGAGACUAUUCAAAACAUCCAGUUGGAGCAAGGCGGGAAAAUAACUAUUAUCAACUGAGUUUAUAAUGUAUCUGGGGCACCGUAGUAGAUUAUAGAGCUGAAGUUUCCAGUGUUAGCCCUGCGUCAGAGCAAAGUGAAUGAGGAUGCACACUUGAUUUACCUACAUUUAAAUUUUAUUUCUGCAUACACAGAUACGUGUUUAUGGUAAGUCUUAUUCGAACUAGACAACUACGUGAUUUUAAAGGAGCAAAAGGAAAACAUGCAAGUAAAAAUUCAUUUAUUAAUCCAAAAUAUCAAUUUGAACAGCUAACACUACUUCUGCAAUCGCUAUAUACAUCUAUCAUUGGGUAAAUCAAUAUGGC